AAAUUGGUAUAUGAGAGAUACAGAAUGUAUUAUAUGAGUUCAGAAAAUUUCUAUUUUUUGAUUAGAUAUUUUUUUUACGUUAUAGGUAAAUUUAAAUUAUUUUUUUUACUUUUCAGGUAAAUUUAAAUGUUGUAUAAAUGGGCACAUACAAUGAUACCAUGGAGACUUCCAUCAUAUAUGCUACCUUCUUUACCGAGCUAGCAGAAAGAAAAAUAAGAAACGACGAAGACGUACAUGAAUAUUUUCUAAAAAUGAAGGAAUUAUCAAAUCGAGGUGAUAUUGAGACGGAGGCACUCAUACAAUAUGUUAUCGAUGGUAUCCACGAUGACGACCGAAACAAAAUUAUUUUAUAUGCUGCUAAGACAAAUAGAGAAUUUAAAGAAAAAUUAAAGGUCUAUUCGGACAUGAAAGCUAACACUUCAAAGAGGGCUGAUCGCACUGUAGUUCAAAACCGAGGAAGUCAACAAUCAAAUAUACAAGAAAGAAAAGACACCGUUACCAGACAAGAGAAUAAACAAAGUGUUAAAUCGACUAUUAGAUGUUUUAACUGUAAUGUAAUAGGACACAAAUCAGAAAAUUUCCACAAGAAAAGGCUUGGAAUGAAAUGCUUUAGAUGUUACAAUUUUGGUCAUAAAUCUUACGAAUGCCAACGAGCAAAAACUGAGCAAAGACGAGAAUCUCCAAAGGAACCGACUCUUGUUAAUAGAAUUGUUGCUGCUGAUUCAAACAGAAAAUUUAAAAAGAUUAAAAUGUAG